AAGUCCCUCUCGUCCCAGUCAUUUUUGCCUGUCCAGACACCGUCUUUCUAUUACCCUUUGGUCGAGAAGGAAAGCAGAAAACAGCUGCUUGAAGAAGAAAAUUCUCAGCAUGGAAAACUCGGGCAAAGAAUAUGAAGAACUAACACAGAGCACUCAGACCGAGGAAGAGCAGCCUCCUGAAAAUCAGUUCUCCGAGGAGGAGCAGUCCUCAGAGGAUCUGUCCUCCGAGGAGGAGUCCUCAGUUGAGGAGUUCUUUCCUGAAGAGCUGCUGCCAGAGGUGCUGCUGUCGGAAGAUCGUCCUCCGCAGGAGUGCCUCUCGCACAAGAACCUAUUCGAGGGCCAUCCAGCCAUGGAGCAACCUCCCUGUGGGUUGGGCGAACACAAGCUAGAGGAGGGAAGUUUCAAAGAAAGGCUGGCCCGUUUCUGCCCUCGGUUCAGAGGAGUCAUCCAUGGCAGAAAUUUAAGCAAUGAAGAAAUGAUACAGGCAGCGAUGAGUUGGAAGAGAUGAAGCGAGUACGAAAUAAACUGAUGAUAAUGCAUUGGAAGGCAAAACGGAACCGCCCUUACCCUAUUUAAUGUGUUCCACCUUUCUUUGUUUUGCUUGAUAAGAGUAUUGCUCCCUGAACUCAUCUUCUUACAUGCCUUUUUCUUUCUUAGUUGUAAUUUUUUGUGCAGUUUUAUUUCAGGUAUUUGACUUGUAACUGGCACAGGAUUCCUUUUAUUGUUUUUUUCUUUAACGUUCUAAAAUCCGAGUCCGAUCCAUUUGCAUGGAAAGAGAAACAUUAUAUAUGUGAGGUGAUAAAAGCAAAAGGUAUAUACAUAAAUAGCAUCCCAUUUUUGUAAAAGGAAAACACAUUUAUAUAUUAAUAUGCAAAGAAAAGCUUAAAACUAUAUACUUAAAGGCUAACUGACAUUGGUUAUCUCUGUGGUAAAGGAUAAUAGGUGAUUUUUAUAUUUUUUAAAUUUUGCUUUAUCUAUAGUCUCACUUUUCAUGAUGAAUACAUUUUAUUUAUGUUGCUUAACAAACAAUGUAGUGAAAAUGUGAAGCAAUUCUAAAAAAACAAAACUUGCUAGUCAGCUUAUAAAGACAAU